UCACGAGUUCUGAGUCAUUGUAGUAGCGCGCGCGAUUGGUGAGUCGUCACGUUAAAAAGUUCGUUGUUUCCUCGUUUGUGCUCCGUGUAGCUUCAAAACACCCCGAAUUAAACAUGCCUCUCUGUGGUGGACUCUCGGAGGAAGUUAAGGACGCCGAUGACACAGUCAAGGAGAUUUGCGAAAAGGUUCGUGCCGAUGUGGAGGCGAAGCUGAGCAAGACCUUCAAGGAGUUUGAGCCUCUGAAGUAUCGGACGCAGCUGGUGAACGGCGUCAACUAUUUCGUAAAGGUUCACGUAGGAGAUGGCCAGCACAUCCACGUGCGUGCGCACAAGGCUUUCCAGGGCGAAAUAUCGUUCUCGGCUGCGCAGGAGAACAAGACGUUGGAUGACCCGCUCGAGCAUUUCCAGUGACGGCUGUAGCCAGCGCUUGCCUUUUACAUAUAUGCGAUGAAAUAAAGGAACAAAUCUUACGGGA